AUGUUUUAUCAUUAUAAAAAUGUUAUAGAUGAAGGUGAUUUAGUAUUAGUAUUCAUUAGUAGAACUACUAUAAAACCAAUAUAUGUUAAAAAAGGAGAAAUUUUAAAUACAAGAUAUGGUCAUUAUUUACAUGAUAAAAUGAUCGGUUUAAAAUUUGGAACUCAAAUGCCUGGUGAAAAAGGCUAUGGUUUUAUACAUUUAUUACAUCCAACUCCUGAAUUGUGGACUUUAUCAUUACCUCAUAGAACUCAAAUUGUUUAUACACCAGAUUCGUCUUAUAUUUUACAAAGAUUAAAUGCUAAAUGUGGUUCAAGAAUAAUUGAAGCUGGUACGGGAUCAGGUUCAUUUACUCAUGCAUUUGCAAGAACAGUUGGUUUAAAAGGUAAAGUAUUUAGUUUUGAAUUUCAUGAACCAAGAUAUUUAGAGGCUAAAAAAGAAUUUGAAGAACAUAAUUUGAAAAAUACAAUAAUAACUCAUCGUGAUGUAUGUAAUGAUGGAUUUAAUAUAGAUAUGGAAAUAAAUGGUGAUAUAAUAUUUUUAGAUUUGCCAUCACCAUGGGAAGCUAUACCGCAUUUGAAUACAGUAAUUGCAAAUCAAGCUGGAAUUUGUUGUUUUUCACCAUGUAUAGAACAAGUUGAUAGAACAGUUAAAGCUCUAGAAGCAAAUGGUUGGGUAAAUAUAGAGAUGGUUGAAAUUAAUGUUAAACGUUGGGAAGCAAGAAAAGAUAUGAAAAGAUCUGUUGUUGAUGUAAUUAAUAGAAUUAAAUCUAUUCAAGGAAAGAAAUUGAAUAACAAAAUUUCAAAAGAAGAUUCAAAAAAUUUUAAAUCUUCAAGAAAAUCAUUGAAAGUUAAAGAAGGUGAUGAAAAUUUUAAAUGGACAGAAGUUACAAAAUUAGAAACAGAAUUGAAAAGUCAUACUUCAUAUUUAACAUUUGCUAAUAAGAUUUGUAGUUUGAAUAUACAAUGA